AUGUAUCACAACAUAAUCAUCGGGAUAAACCUCAAGGUCGACAAUUGGGGAGCACGACUCUGGUACAGGCAUUCCGUGCUCAGUAAUGAUCAAGCUUGGCUUGUGGCCGAGACUCUGGUAUAUGUCAUGACACAACUCACAAUGGACAAGCGCCAAAGCUCAAGCAUGGAGCAAUUGCACAAGUGGAAUCUGGAGGAACCCAAGGUUAUGGAAAGGUGGAUCCACGAUUUCAUCGUCGAGCAAUGCCAGCGACGCCCUAACGCGUCCGCCGUGUGCUCGUGGGAUGGGAAUAUGACAUAUGGCGAACUUGAUCGACUCUCCAGUAAUAUUGCCAGCCACUUGCUUGACCUUGGCGUGGGACCCAAUUCCUUUGUUGGCGUCUACUUCGAAAAGUUGUGA